CGUUUGACGUCAUCUGCGCGCGCCGUGUCCUGCAGUUUUCUCUGAUCGGUCACCGGAGCUUCAGGAUGAUUUCAGCGGCGGUUCUGCGCGGUUUUAUCGGUUUGAGCCGAACCAGAGCCGCUCAGACAGCUCCUCUGGCUGUCAGAUGUUACUCUCAUGCUAAAGUGGAGACGGAUGAAGAGUUUGACUCCCGCUGGGUGACGUACUUCAGCAAACCAGACCUGGACUCCUGGGAGCUGCGCAAAGGUAUGAACACUCUGAUCGGGUAUGAUCUGGUUCCGGAGCCCAAGAUCCUGGACUCUGCUCUGAGGGCCUGCAGGCGGCUCAAUGAUCUGGCCAGUGCCAUCCGCAUCCUCGAGGCCGUCAAGGAUAAAUCUGGCCCUCAUAAGGAGAUCUACCCGUAUGUGAUCCAGGAGCUGAAGCCCACACUGCAGGAGCUGGGCAUCUCCACGCCGGAGGAGCUGGGCAUCGAUAAAAUCUGACCGCCUGCAGCACUUCUGUGAGGGUUUUAGUGUUAUUCUGAAGGGGUUUUUCUACCUCUCGGCUCGAUCUCUGAUGUUCAGGAAGUCAAACUCGGUCCCGUCCUGUGUAAAUUAUGGACCAAUAAUAAAAGAAGCAAUACUGA